UUUGCAUUGGACAUGUGAGUGGAUGAAAAGAAGGCAUGUCCAAGCAUUACACAUUGCACAGCUUAGUGAGUCUCUCUCUCUCUCUCUCUCUCUCUCUCUCUCUCUCUCUCUCUGUCUGUAGUUUUGUUCUGUUCUGAUUCACUCUCUCUACAAGACGAUCGUUUUCCUUAGGGUUUUUGAUGCUAUCUAUUUCUCUCUCUAAUUUGCUAUAUUCUCUCUCAUCGUCGCACAGCGUUGCUCAAGGUGUUAGUACUAAUGGAGUUUGAAAUGGCUUAACUUGGAACCCACUUUUUUGAGUAAUUCAUCAAGGUUUAAAAGCUUCAUGGCUCGGAAGGGUAGUCAACAGAAGAAUGGAGUGGACCGUCAUGGAUUGAAUCACAAAAAAGGGGAUUCCGAGGGUGUACUUCCGGGUAUGAAAGGUCAUGCUAAAGGAGGGCCGGAAAAGGUAAAGGUUUAUCCGGGAGAGGAACUCGCAAAUGGCAACCGGCCAAACGGUCUUUCGCAGAAUGCAUGUGAAACUACUUCUGCUGGUAAUGACAAUAACAAUGAGCAAAAGUCUGAGAAGUUUUCUAGGAAAGAGAAGCAAGGGAUGGUUGGAAAGCAUGACUUGGAGGAAUCAUUGUCCUUUGGGAGUAAUUCAGGGGAUGGCAGUCUGAAAUCCGAAGUUCCAAUACAAGAAGAAAAUGGGACUUUACCGGGAAGUAAUCAAGGUCAACAGAGUAUAAAGAGUAGAUUGAGCUGUUUACUGGAUGAUUUGCACCUGCAAAAUGUGAUAGAAAAAGUAGAGCUUGCUGAUAAUAUGAUUAUUUGGAGAUUAAGGUUGUCAGUACUUUCCAUCUUUGCAGCAGUUACUGAGUGGCUAACAAGGCAGAAGCCAUUGUUAGAAUCUCUUUGGACCAUAAUUUUUAAAGCUUGUUAUAAUCUCAGAACGAAAAUUGAGCUGGCAUAUCCGGUUGUUCUGAAGUGGCUCAUGCAUUUUGGGAACAUAAUGCUCCUAAUAUCAGUGUUUUGGUUGGACUGUGCCCUUCGGGGUGUCGAUUCGUUUGUACGGAUGGGUACAACAGCCUUCUUCUCUGUUAUAUGGUGCAGCAUAUUCUCAGUCAUUACUAUGAUAGGGAUGCUCAAGUUUUUUGUUAUCCUGGGCCUGGCUGCCUUGAUUGGAUUUUUUGUUGGUCUCACACUUGCAAUUCUGGUAAUUGCAAUCCUUGGAAUUAUUUCCUUGUGGUUUUAUGGUAGCUUUUGGACAACGGCAUUUUUCAUGAUCCUUGGAGGAUUGGCAUUUAUGUUAAGCCAUGAACGUGUAGCAUUACUUAUCACCACUGUAUAUUCUGUCUAUUGUGCUUGGCUGUACGUUGGGUGGCUUGGAUUGCUAUUGGCUUUUAAUCUAGCUUUUAUCUCAAGUGAUGUUCUGAUAUACUUCCUCAAGAAAAACAUAGAUCAACAGAAUAGGUCCAAUCCUUUUGAGCCAAGAGCUGGAAUGCAUGGUCAACCAGGUUUCUUUAAUGAUGAUCCGGUGCAGCCUUCUUCCUCUGAAAAUGGGACGGGACCAUCUGGAGAUCGUAAUGCUGGAGUCCCUUCAACUAGUGGAGAUGAUUCUGAUGUAACUUCUGAGGAUGAAGUUGUCCGUUUGUUGAACUGCUCUGAUCACUAUUCAGCAUUGGGCUUGACGCGGUAUCAAAAUAUAGAUGUUUCAGUACUAAAGCGGGAAUAUAGGAAGAAGGCAAUGUUGGUACAUCCUGAUAAAAAUAUGGGUAAUGAAAAGGCUGUAGAAGCCUUUAAGAAACUUCAAAAUGCAUAUGAGAUUCUAAUGGAUUCCUUGAAACGAAAAGCAUAUGAUGAUGAGCUAAGGAGAGAAGAGCUUUUGAGUGUAUUUCACAGAUUUCAUAAUGCUUCCCAUAAGAAUGGUAGGCAUGGAUUCUUUCCUUCAGGAUUUGCACGGUCAGAUGCAGACGGUGAGGACCCAUUUGGUGAUUCAAGGCGAAUAGCCUGCAAAAGGUGUGGUGGCUUUCAUGUCUGGAUACACACCAAGAAACAGAAGUCUCGGGCAAGAUGGUGCCAGGAUUGCCAAGAUUUUCAUCAAGCCAAGGAUGGUGAUGGAUGGGUUGAACAAUCUUCCCAACCAUUUCUUUUUGGCUUACUGCAGAAGGUUGACUCUCCUUCUGCAUACGUGUGUGCUGAUAGCAGGAUAUAUAAUGCCACGGAAUGGUAUAUCUGUCAGGGUAUGAGAUGUCCCGCGAAUACCCACAAGCCAAGUUUUCAUGUAAACACCAGUUUAAUGUCCAAGCAUAAUUCUGGCAAAGGACCUAGUUCAGGUCAAAGAGGUGGGCGACCAACACCUAAUAUGGAUGAAAACAUGAAUGAGGUAGAAUUCUUUGAGUGGUUACAGAAUGCAGUACACACAGGCGCGUUUGACAAUUUUAGUAGCAGCACUGCAACAGACAACCCAUCUGCUAAAUCUGGAAAUGGAACAAAAAACCCUGGCAGUGGUAGUGGUAGUGGCAGCAAAAGAAAGAAAAAGGGAAAAAAGCAAUGGUGAUAACCAGAUCAUGUUUUACCAUUAUGGCCAUAUUGCCUUGGAAAGCAUGUAAGUUUCAGAGUAGCUAUCUGUUAAUGAAGCCCCAAAAUAGAGUUGGAGUCCAUUGUAAAGCGUUUUUAUUUCUUCAAAAGUGUAUUUUUUGUUGUCCAAUGAUUUUUUUGGUAUCCCUUUAGCAAAGUACAGGCUUGUGGCAAUGAUCCUUCUGCACAUGAUUUUCCUUGUCUAGGUGCAACUCAUGCAUGAAUCAUGAUGUGGGACAAAGGAAUGUUUUAUCUAAUGGUAUACCAGAGGCAACAAAAUGUACCGAGCUGCAAUUUCCAGCAGAAAUAGGCCAUACUAGUACUUCAGGCGGCAAAGAUGCCACCUAACAUUAGCCAUAUUUUGGUUCAAUUCAUAAUUUUGUGACUCUAUAGUGGUUAAUUGAAAUAAUUAGUUAAUUCAAAUUAUAAACAUAUUGAAAUAAAAGAUGAUUG